AUGGCGGAAGAGGAGAGCCAGUUUGAAGAAUUUGAGCAAAUAGACUUUUUAAGAGAUCGACAUGUACGGUUCUUCCAGAGGACGCUUCAGGUGCUGCCUGAGAGAUACGCAUCGCUGGAAACAACCAGAUUAACCAUCAUAUUUUUUGCCCUGUCUGGUCUCGAUGUGCUGGAUGCCCUUGAUGUGAUAGAUAGGAACACCAUGAUUGAGUGGAUCUACUCACUACAGGUUCUUCCCACAGAGGACCACUCUAAUCUAAGUCGUUGUGGGUUUCGAGGAUCAUCGCAUAUUGGUAUUCCUUACAGCACUAAGCCGCCAGGUGUCCUCCAUCCAUACGACAGCGGCCACGUAGCCAUGACCUACACUGGGCUGUGCUCGCUGCUGAUCCUGGGAGACGACCUGAGUCGGGUGAAUAAACAGGCCUGCCUGGCUGGUCUCAGAGCGCUGCAGCUGGAGGACGGCAGUUUCUACGCAGUGCCAGAGGGAAGUGAAAACGACAUCCGGUUUAUCUACUGCGCAGCCAGUAUCUGCUACAUGCUGGACGACUGGUCAGGCAUGGACAUCCAAAAGGCCAUCGAGUACAUCCGAGGAAGUUUGUCGUACGACAAUGGUUUUGGCCAGGGAGCUGGGCGAGAGUCACAUGGUGGCUGGACGUACUGCGCCAUAGCUUCUCUGUGUCUUAUGGGUCGACUGGAGGAGGCGCUGAGUCAGCGUGAGCUGGACAGGAUCCGACGCUGGUGCAUCAUGAGGCAGCAGAGCGGUUUCCACGGGCGCCCCAACAAACCUGUAGACACAUGCUACUCCUUUUGGGUGGGAGCGACGCUAGAGCUGUUAGAUGUAUUCCAGUACACGAACUUCGACAGGAACAGGAGCUUCAUCCUGUCAACGCAGGAUCGGUUGGUGGGGGGCUUUGCCAAGUGGCCGGACAGCCAUCCAGACCCCCUCCACGCCUACUUGGGGCUUUGCGGUCUGUCUCUGAUCGGAGAGCCCAACCUGAGGAAGGUCCACCCAGCUCUUAACAUCACCCAGAGAGCCUUUGAGCACCUCCAGCAGCUGCAGCAGACAUGGAGGGACAGCACCGGCAGCUGUAGCAGACAGCACUGACAGCACGGUGAUCCACAGCACUGCCUCGGAACAGGUUCAGUAAUGAGGAACAUCUAACGGUUAUCAGUCAAAGGCAACUGGACUUUUUGCUGUGUGUCUCCAAGACGUUUGGCCGCUUCUCUGAGAGGCCUUCUCAUUUCAGGAAUCAAGGAGUUGUUUUUUUUUUUUUUAAGACUCUAGUUACAAAGCAGUAACUUUGGGGAGCUCCUUUAAAAUCCAUCUAAAGCAACUUUUCCUUUAAAGCAAUAUCCGCCACACUCUUUCGCUGCCUUUUUUUUUUUUUUUUUUAAAUUAGUGCACAGUCGUAAAUAGCAGUGUGCAAUGUGGUUUGUGGGAAUAAAAUGAUGUGCCAGAAAGUCAAAUAUGAGUCACUGGAAACUUGAAGAAAAUCCAGAUGCCUCCAUUUUGCAAACUCUUUAGAUAAUUGCCUUUUGAGGUUUCCUGCUCAUUAGCCUCAUCGCUAUAGGUAACAACACCGUCCUAGCCAAGGAUCCACACGACUGUCUCACUUCAAGUGGACAUAAGAAACAUCCUUUACGUGAAUUUUACUCACGAUUUGAGAGAGGAGAUCCCCAGGAUGCUUAGGGAACGUCUAAACUGUCUUUGUAAAUGGGUUUGCACUGCAGGAAACUCACUGUCUAUGGUUUUGCUAUUGCCUAAUAACGUCCCUAUAUUUUAAGCAAAUAUCAUUUGGUCAUUUUGUGAAUGUGGAUAAUAAAUGGUCUUAUUUUUGGUUCAAGACAGAUAAAACAAUAGAAGACCCUCUCCUUCACAGAGCAGUGUUUUUGGCUUUGCAGCUCUCCUGACAUUUCCAUCCUCACAUUACUUGUGAACCUCUUUCAAGCCUCAAGCUCUCCGCUCCCAGAAGGGUUAGCAGCCUGGCAGGUUUACUCUCCUGGGCUUCUCACUUCAGCAUCCUCCAGUUUCACCACUGCAGGCGUUUGCUCAGUGAUCAAGAUUUAACUGAUAAUAAAACUGCUUGGAUGAAAUUUAUGGAAGAGGCAGUUAAAAGCCGACCACCUAAAGGGGCAAAUUUAUGUAUGACUUCUAAAAAAGAAGAUUUAAAAAUAAACGUAGCUACAGGCCUUAUCAGAAAAAAUAAUAUUUUGUUUGCGUUUUUCUUAAGGCUAAAAGAAAAAUGGAUUGGGCCUCUUAAGGGAAUUUUGUAAGAAGGGGAAAAUCCCUUCCUUCCUGCAAGGCAGUAGCUGUUAGCUGUAGCAGCAGAUCCCAUCCUGACACCCAGAGACUCCUGCGCCCCCUGAACCGAUCUCACUAGCUUCCGUGCUCCCUGCGAGGCACUAUCCAGCCUCAAAUCAAUAGGAGAGAGAUGCACAAUGGUAUCCUAACUUGAGGAAAUGUAUUCCUUUGAACUGCGCUGGGAAUUCACAUGUUAUUUUCAGUACAAAGAGGAUGCAGGGCAAAAACAAAGAACAAUGACCAUGAGCAGAUUGUACCACCAGGAGUCAGGAAACAGAAACAUCUGUUAUCCCGAGUGCUGGUCACAUCACUCCUAAAAUACUGAACGUGGUUUGCAGUCCUGCCAUCUAUCCCCCCCCCCCCCCCCAUCACUGAGGCAGAAAUAGAUGGUCUGCACAGAUGCUCACAUGCAUCAAAAGCCACUUGCAGUUCAUUCAAGUGACCUUCCUGCCUUCUUGCCCUUGACCUGAGAUACGAAUCUGAAAAAAAUAGUUUUAAAUUUCCCACUAUGGUGACGCUGGACUUCCCAGUUGAACUCAGCCUGCACCUCUUGCCCUCACAUCGGUUCUGCUUCCCAGCAAGCAGCAUUUCCAGCUGCACAGAUUUCUGCAGCCCCCUGCCGAAGCCACGCCCUUCCAAUAUAUAGCUGCUGUCUCAGCCAACACCUGCUCCCUGAGAUGAUGAGUGAGGAGGAAACAAUUUCACAGCAGGUCUGAAAUAUAGUCACCUGCAGGAGUUUACUGUGUGUAGCCCCACUUCUGACUGCUUAUAAAGAAUGCUAUCACCCCUGUGGUUUUCAUUCCACCGUCUAAAAUAAAGCUAGUCUUCUUUCCAUUCCCGCCAAGCUGCCCUCCUUUUCAGACUCGGGGAACCAAGACCAGGCAGACGUAGGAAAGGAGAGAAGAGGGGAGGAGAGGUGAAUAAAUAAAUAAUCUGAACCAUCUAUUAUUAAAAGUAAACUGUCGGAGGCUGAAAUCUCCUCUCUGAACCCAGACCAAACCCCCAGUGUCAUAUAGCCUUGUUUUGGUGCAAAAAAAAAACAAUUGCUUUUAAGCCAAUGUGAUGUUGAAACUCUGUUACUUUAUAUUUCUGCUUUACCUGAGUCAAUAGGCUUUGCUACGGUUACUCUUGUUGAUGUUUUCUCAAACGUUCUGUUGUUCUAGAAUCAUUUUAUCGACGCUGUCACCGUUCUAGUCAGGUUUUUGUAUAACCAUCUUUUUCAAACGUUGCAGCUGCUAGAUUGAGCCUCAGACACAAAUGAUCUGAUCAUUUAAAUUCAAACGAAAUGUGCUUUUUAUUGAUUCAUCACAUAAUAUUGUUAUGAUACUAGAUGGUCUUGAAUCUGAAGUAAAUGCAUGUGGUCUUGAGUUAAACAUGCACUGAAAGAAAAACUACUGCUGCUGCUGCUGCAUCAUCACUGCAGAGCCAGAUCAAUGGAAAUGCUCUCGCGUCCCAUGCAUCUUCUGACGUGACAUUUACUUCUAAUUCAAGUUCCUUAGGCUGCAUCUCUGUCCUCAGUAGGCCAAGUCACACGGCAAGAUAACUCGCUCAAACUUGACUCUGAAAUGUGCCUCAUGUAGCAUUGUUCUGGGUCACUGCUCUCUGAAUGCUCCCGUUCUUCUGACGUUGCAGCAGCAAAUUGGGUUUAGCUCGGCUGUUUCUAUCAGCAAAGGUACUGAGCGUCAGCGUUGCCUAGAGAUGAAGGAGGAAGCGUGUGUUCUAAAUGCAUGUAAAUAUUCAGAAAGAGGAACCCUGUAAACAGUUUUCCUCCUCCCAUCUUUGUUGAAUUUGCUUAUACGAUCAGAUAAAAGCGGGCGGGUACAAGUCGUUUCUUACCGGAAUCUGGCUUUGUCCAUUCAUGUCUGAUUGCUUUUUACCAGAAGGAGGGAAGAAUUCAUUGAGACAGAACCCAUAAAUGCUUACUCGACUUUAAAAACAGAUUAAUGGUUGAAUGCAUGGGUCUGCCACUUACUGCAGAUGCUAUAUUGCGUCUGUUAUGUUGUUUUUUUUUGCCACAUCGCACUGCAGUCGACGCUCUCAGUCCCACAGCACGAAAAGACCACAGGGACCACGGCUUUUGCGCUUUAACUAUAGCUGCAGUCAAAGCUGUUUUUCGGAUCGUCCAGAGAUGUGAAAGGAUAGUAUUUUGAGAUGCAGCCAAAACGCCACACAUGGUGAAUCAUGAAACCUUGCUCUAUCGUCAAUUAAUAUAAAUAAUGUAAUGAUAGAUAAUGUAACAAUAAAUGUAAUGGAAUUUAUUUUUUCUAUGCUUUGUAGAAAUAUUGAGUGUAGAUACAUAUGUAAAUGUCUAUAAAUAUGUGACUUUUAUUGUGCAAGUGCUCAAGAAGAAAAAAAAAAUGUUUACAGCUACAUCAGUGAGACGGACAGAGGAAGUGGAUAUGCAAAUGUUGGCAUGUGAUGUACUGUAGUACUUCAGCUUUGAAUUUGGGGACAGUGAUGAUUCUAGCUUUGCAGUGCGAACUGUAUUUAUGGUAAAUAAAACAUGUACUAACUUUUA